AUGAUCCUCGGUCGGACGUCAACUGACAGAAACGUGAGUCGGUUCCAUGCCCUCUUCGGCAUGACAACCGUUGCCUACCGUACUCGAGGAAGACUGGCACGGACGCCAGAAGCCCUGACCAUGUCAUGCGUGCAUUCAGUCCUACUCUUCAGUCGGUCGCGGGCAGAUCGCCCAUGCGCCAAAGUUGCAGGUGCGAGUCUGCAUGUUCGCGCAGCUUCACAAUCCCAACCCGGACUCAGCCCAUCGUCAGCAGCAGCCACUGACAAUUCGUCUGCUCGGAUC